AUGGAGGCUGUCGCACUCGCUCCUCGCGUGCCAGUUGCGCUUUCCCAGCGAAAAGCUGUCGCAGGAGCUUCGAGCCAGCGUGCUCGCUCCCUCGCAGCUCCCCAGCAGCAGCGCUGGCGAUGCUUGUCUUCCUCGUCGUCGAGCGUCGCAGGAGUGUCGCUCCUGAAAUCCGUCGCACAGGCACGCAGUGCUAAGACCGGAAAGGCCUCGGCGUCUCGUCUGGUAGUACAGGCAAAGGACGAGUCUUUCGAUUAUGAUCUUAUCAUUAUCGGCGCUGGCGUCGGUGGUCAUGGCGCUGCUCUGCACGCCGUCGAGCAGGGCCUGAAGACGGCCAUUAUCGAGGGUGACGUUGUGGGAGGCACAUGCGUGAAUCGCGGGUGCGUGCCGUCUAAGGCGCUUCUCGCCGUCAGCGGUCGCAUGCGCGAGCUCAAGGACGAGCAUCAUCUCAAGUCGCUCGGUAUCCAGGUCGCAGCAGCGCAGUACGACCGGCAAGCGGUGGCAGAUCACGCGAACAACCUGGCUGCGAAAAUCAGAGGCAACCUAACCAACUCGAUGAAGGCCAUUGGUGUCGACAUUCUCGAUGGCUUUGGCUCCCUCGUCACCCCUCAGAAGGUGAAGUACGGCAAGCCGGGCGCGGCGGAGAAGACAGUGACGGCGAGAGACGUGAUCAUCGCCACCGGCUCCACGCCCUUCGUGCCCCCUGGCAUCGAGGUCGACGGCAAGACGGUGUUCACGAGCGACGAGGCCCUGAAGCUGGAGUGGAUUCCCGACUGGAUCGCCAUUGUGGGCAGCGGUUACAUUGGCCUCGAGUUCAGCGACGUGUACACCGCUCUGGGAGCUGAGGUGACGUUCAUCGAGGCCUUGGACAUCAUCAUGCCGGGGUUCGACCCUGAGAUUGGCAAGCUGGCGCAGAGGGUGCUCAUCACCCCGCGCAGCAUCGACUACCACACGGGCGUGCUCGCCAAGAAGAUCACCCCUGCUCGGGACGGCAAGCCAGUGCAGAUCGAGCUGGUGGACACCAAGACGCGGGAGUACAAGGAGACGCUCGAGGUCGAUGCGGCUCUGAUUGCCACUGGCCGGGCGCCAUUCACCAAGGGUCUUGGUCUUGAAAAUGUGAAUGUUACCACAAACCGUGGGUUCGUGCCUGUGAAUGAGACCAUGCAAGUGCUCGACUCUGAGGGCAACGUGAUUCCCCACCUGUACUGCAUUGGUGACGCGAACGGCAAGCUGAUGCUGGCGCAUGCGGCGAGUGCGCAGGGCAUAUCGGUGGUGGAGAACAUAAAGGGCCACAGCAACGUGCUCAACCACCUCUCUGUGCCCGCUGCCUGCUUCACCCACCCCGAGAUCAGCAUGGUCGGCCUCACAGAGCCCCAGGCACGCGAGAGGGCAGAAAUAGAGGGCUUUGAAGUGAGUGUGGCCAAGACAAGCUUCAAGGCCAACUCCAAGGCGCUGGCAGAAAACGAGGCAGACGGCAUGGCUAAGAUGAUCUACCGCCCAGACACUGGGGAGAUCCUGGGCGUGCACAUUCUGGGGCUGCAUGCAGCUGACCUGAUUCACGAGGUCUCCAACGCCAUGGCCACCGGCCAAACCCUCAAUGACAUCAAGUUCGCCGUCCAUGCCCACCCAACUCUCUCCGAAGUCAUUGAUGAGCUUUACAAGAGCGCCAAGUAUGGAGCGCAUGCCUAA